AUGAAUGACAACACACCGGCUGUGGUCGCCCCAGACAACAUCGAUGGGAACAACGAGGAAACCACCGCCACCGCCACCGCCCCCGCUUCCGCCUCCACGAACGACGGGAAGCUCCUACUGACCGUCAUCAAGUAUGACUCUGGAACGGCAAAGCUGCUGCCUGGUGGUAAAUUGGCACCGACACCGUCGCAGCUGGCAACUUCCGCAUUGGGCAUCAUCCGAGCUCACCUUUCGAAGGAUGGGUAUCUGGAGAAGGCUGAUUCGAAUAAACCAUUCUGCACCAAGGAUGGAAUCGAAGUGACUGAUAACAUUACCUUUGAUCAUUAUAUCGAGGAGAAUCCCAAGGCCAAUACUGAGAACGAAGAUCGAAAUCUGACAAAACACAACAUCUACAUCCUCACCAAGGAGAGGGAAACGAAGAAGUUGGACCCAAAGGCAGAAGCCUUUAUCAAUAAGCCCAUUGACCUUUCCAAUGUAAGUUUAAUCUAA